UUUCAGAAGCUCAAGAAGGAAAAGCAAGACUGAGAGACAUGGCGGUUCAAUCUAGAUGGAUUAAAAUGUUUGUGUCUUUUAUACUCAUGCUGCAGUUUACAGGAGCACAUAGUAGAGAUCUUUUGCUCUCCUUCACUGUCAGAGAUGGAGAUAAAGUUACUUUGCCUUGUGAAAACGUGAUCAACAAUCAUCACAACUGUGACACUACCACCUGGAUCUUCACUGAUUCAAGAGGCACAGCAGCAGUAGAGCUGGUUAAUCAUGGACAGAUCAAAGAAUCAGACAAAUCAGACAGACUGAGUGUUACAGCAGAAUGCUCACUGGUUAUAAAGAAGGUCACAGCUGAGGAUGUUGGUCGUUACACCUGCAGACAGUUUAUAGGGAAUCCAGGGAGACAGCAAGGUCCAGAUGCUGUGGUUUAUCUGUCUGUUGUUCACAUGACUGAACAGAAGAACGCUGAUGAGGUGACUUUAAGCUGCUCUGUGUCAAUAUAUGAAAGGUGCAAAUACAAAGUGAAGUGGAUCCAUAACAGUGAAGCUCUGAAUAGAGAUUACUCAAAUUUAAAAUCAUCGGAGUCUCCCUGCUCUGCUACUGUGACUUUUCUGAAACUUGCAUACACUCACAUAUCGACUUAUGACUUUAACUGUAGCGUAACAACAGAAGAUAACAAAGAGCAGCUUUUUACCUUCAGCACUCAGUCAUCAGGUAAAGAAACAGUAACAGCAAAAUCAUCAACAAUAACAUCACCAACAACAACAUCACCAACAACAACAUCAACAACAACAUUAUACACACCUAGUAUCCCAGGUGCAGAUCCAGUGUGGCCGUACAUCCUUGUGGUUGUCAUUUUAGUUGCACUUUUAAUUGUGGCUGUGAAACUAAUCUGGUUGAAGAGACUCAAAGGGAACAAAAUACAAGCAAAUGGAAACGCUGGCCUGACCUCAAACCCUGCAGUCACUCAGUGUGCACCAGAAACCAGACAGGAAACAGUAGAUCCAGAAGAUGGUGUUUCCUACGCCUCCAUCACCUACACCAACAAGACCCACAAUAAAAACAAAAUUCAGGGUAAAAAUGACAGUGAUGAAGGUGAGACAGUUACCUACGCCACUGUGAAAGCUUCCUCCACAGAUCCCAGCAGCCUCUAUGCUACCAUCAAGUAAACAAAAAGAGAACUUAAACAUCAGAUUGCUGCUUCUGUGAAAAAGCUUCUCAUCUAUAAGAAAUGUUGGUUUCCUCAAUUUAAAAAGAGGAAGCAACAACUCAGAUGUGUGAGUCCCUGUAAAUUUGCAGUAAUUUAUGAAAAUAGAGUUUA